GUUCGUGUUCACUCGAAGGUCGAGCCGAAGGCUUACGUGUUAUCCGCACGUUUCCUUCCGCCAACCGUAUAAGUGACUCGCAAUCGCAGCGACGAACAAGGUUUUCACGAAUCGGUGUGAUAACACGACGAGAUCGCGUUCGCGAUAAAUCAGUUAUCGAGUGAAGUUUUUUCAAUUGUGCCGCAAGAGCCUAAAUAAAGGAUUAAUCAUGCAGAUGCACGAGCAAAUUAUCAUGACUGACGGGCAGGAACAGCCGAUUUCUAGGACGUAUCAGUAUCGAAAGGUGAUGAAACCGAUGCUGGAGCGCAAACGUAGAGCGCGCAUCAACCGUUGCCUGGACGAGCUGAAGGACCUGAUGGUGACCGCGCUGGCCGGCGACGGCGAGAACGUGGCGAAGCUGGAGAAGGCUGAUAUCCUGGAGCUGACGGUGCGUCACCUGCACAAGCUCCAACGUCAGCAGCGUCUCUCGGCAAAUCCGGUGAUCGACGCGGACCGCUUUCGCGCCGGCUACACGCAUUGCGCCAACGAAGUCAGCCGCUGCCUGGCCGCUACCCCUGGUGACGUCGCCCUGGGUACCAAGCUGAUGACGCAUCUCGGCCACAAGCUCAACUCCAUGGACAAGACCGGGCCUUUGACCAUCCACGUGACCGCGCCACAAUCCUCGCCGUCGCCCUCCAGCGAGCUCAGUUCGGACGAGUACUCGAUGCCGUUGACACCGGCUUCCAGCCAACCAUCCCCGGUGCGAACCGACAUCGACACCGUCUCUCAUCAGGGUCUCCUACAGGUGGCCAAGCCGAACGAGCCCAUUUGGCGACCGUGGUAAAUUUUUGUCCGGCCAAUCGACCUCGAAACCGGAGAAAGAGAAGACCGAUGUCGGUCUUGCAAUUUCGUUUGUGAUCUGAACGGAAUGAAAAAGCCGCGAGGAAAGAAGAAGAGAGUCUCUACUCGCGUGGGAUACAAGAAGACACGCUUAGGCUUAAGGAGUUCCAUUUGCUCAAAAGACGCUCAGCGGACGUCAUGUUCUCUGGCAUUCUGAUAAUUCGCCGCAAACAUCUCGAUAACAUCGUUCCGCAAGAGUUUCGGAGAAGCACUGGGAUCUCGAUACGUAGUUUUCUUUCGCGGCCGCGCGCGGCUGAAGCUUUAAUUUACUCGACAGUUAGAUAUUUUCUAUUGUUUAUUUCAUACUUUUAUCGAGGAUGUUUUUCUUUUUUUAUUUUCUCGCCGAUUUAACGUUGUUGUACGGAGUCUCUCCAUCGGUCAAGAAAUCGGAGAUGUGGGACAACAACGCGACGAAUGAUCUCUCGAGCGAGGAUUCGAUAGCGCGGAUUAUUACAUGUAAUGAAAAUGACCGAGCGGAGGAUCUUGUGAUAGAGAAACGUGUACCUGUGAUAUUUACUGUAGUAGGCGUAGAGAAUGAUACUAGAUUUUUAAUAAACAUGUUUCAUAUCUCAGCAUAAAA